CACCGACCCGCAACCGCACACACCCCCCUCCGAACAACAAUGCCUUUAUUCUUCAAGCCAGGCGCUGAGAGCUACUACGCCAACUCCCCUCCAGCCAUCCCUUCGCCAGGGAACAACUCGUGGUUGGGCGACUGCCUCAACUCGGACGCACCAAAGGACAAGGUGUUGUCCUCGGGCUUCUACAAGCAGGGCUCCGGCGAGGCCCUCGUCUACAAGUACGACUACGAGGAGAUGAAGGUCAACGUUGAGGUGCACGGCAAGUUCACGGUCAGCGACGAGACCGGCUCCUCCUACGAGGUCACCCCGGGCUCCAUCUUCUACUUCCCCGACGGCUGCACCAUCACCUUCAAGGUCGAGGGCACCGACGAGGUUCCAGAGGAGGAGGCCUACGCCCUCAACUGGUUCUGCGGCUUGAGACCAGCAGACUCCGCUUGAUGCGCCUGCUGCUCUUUCUAUGUACAAACAGAUAGACUCCUCUACAUACUCUAAAUAAUCAAACAG